AUGUCGAGGGACGGAAGCACACUGAUAAUAAGCGAUAGGAAACAUUCUAUGCAUAUCAGGGAGAAAGAAACGGCGAUCUCCUAUUUGCCUCAACCACUUAUAGUGGCUGCCAGUCACGAUUUCUUUUUUGAUGACGACAUGAUCGCCAAACAGGAAUGCUGGUUUGUUAGGAUAAAGCCCCUCCCAUGUGGGCUUGCGAUUCUCCCUGUCUAUGACAAUGGAUCUGCCUUAAGCCCAGAAUUAUUCGAUCUCACGAAAGACAACCUCGCUGACAAGUUUGCAGAUGGUGUUUCUAUGGUUGCUUCGCUAUCCUUUACUCUCUCUUACCCAAAUCUUGCAGCUGCGCUUCACAUAUUCAUCAUUGCCUACAAGAACGUCCUUGCUGUUGCCGUUAUCUCUGUUGUAUCUAUUGAGAGCGCCACUGUUCUUGUCUCCAAGGAAGAAAGGAAAAAGGACGAGCCUGUCAGCGAGUCAGACGAUGACUUGAGCUUUAGUUUGUUUGACUAA